UGCCCCGGCUUCGUCAGUAGAUCUCCAACAUUCGUGGCGAUCAGUUCGGACCCGGUUCUAUACGUGUCGUGAAGUCGUUGUCGGCCGCGUUUAGAGCGCUUGUAUCGCUCCUGGCGAUUUGAAACUGGUGUGGUGAAAGAAUAACAGUGAAGUUGCAAUUGUUUAGGUGCUUGUGAAUAGAGGGUGAAUUAGGGGUUGAAAACAUAUUUGCACAGUGUAUGAACAGCAGCGAAAUUGUUUGCGCGGGAAGGAGCUUUGGAGCUGAACAACACCGUAAAUAAGCCGUGAGCAAUAGUAACCGACUGAAGGAUUACGGUGAAUUGCUAAUUGAAAAGGUUCACCCGCUGGAGGCCCAGCAUGGAGGCCCAGACGGCACUGGUGCUAACGAUCCAGCUGAUAGCGCUGUUCUCGAUUGCCGGCGCACUGCUCCUGUACCUGCUGUGUAAGGUUCGUGCAACCCGCGACGAUGGUCACGGUCCGCAGAGGGGCUCAAUUCUGGUGACAUGCGCGGACACCGCCCUCGGACUGCAGAUCUGCACCUUUUUCGCCAGCAAGGGCCACCGGGUGUUUGCGGGCAUGAAAGACCCCGUGGAAUCCUUGCCGGCCAAGCUGCUGAAAGGCUGGAUGAAAAUGCGCGAGAACUCGGACACACCCGUUGCCGGAUCGGUCGUUCCGUUGCGUAUGGACGUCACCCGUGAGGACAUCCUACGGGAGGCUGCCGAAGCCAUGGGAAUCCACCUGAAUGCCGGAGAACGGGGUAUCCUGGCCGUGAUCAACACCGCAGGUUCGGUGUAUCGUGGACGAAUCGAUUCGCAGGACUCGCUCCAGUGGGAGAACAUGUUCAAGAACAACGUGAUGGGAUGUCUGCGCACUGCUCGGGCAUUUAUUGGACUGCUGCGCCCCACCCGUGGUCGCCUGAUCCUUCUGGGCUCGGGAAAUGAGGAUGAUGGAUUGACUGUAUUCACCGCAACCCGCAAUGCCGUUCAGGGCUGUGCCGAUGCACUGCGCAAGGAACUGAGACCGUACGGAGUCAAUGUGGUGACGUUGGACUCGCGAGGUGUCCCUGCCGAAGCCCUGUUCAAGGCACCGAUACCUUAUACCAUCUCCGACGAGGAAGGCGUCCCCACUCAGUACAGCGCCGAAGUGCUGACCAGUUCCUCCCUGGGGGUUAUCGAGCGGGCCCUCUACGAUAGCCGACCUAGCGAAACCUACUGCCUGUCGGUGCCGAACCCGAAGUUCCAAGUGAAACUUCCCUGUCGAUCGUCGUUCAAAAUAACCGGAGUGGGCAGCGGCAACGGUUGCAAGCAAGAACCGAAGCAGAUACAGAACGUUUGAGUCCUCCGUUUCGCGCUUCACCCAAGUCCCCUACACGUAACAAACCUCUCACGUUGCUCACGUUCUGUAUCGUUGCGCCUGUCGGUGGUCGCUUCUGCCCGUUUCGGACGCAGAGUCGCAUGAGUCGAAAACCAGAGCCAGAGAUUUCAAAUUGUGCCUUUUUUUUAUAUAUUUCUCGUUGUUUUCCUAAAACGAUGAAUCAGAGUACGGAAACUGGACGCUUAUUUUUUGAGCGGAAAGUUUUCUAUUAUUAAACAAAAGAAUAUGUCGAAGAACAAAUUGCGGAAUACAACGAACAACUUCAACACUCGUUUUUCGUCCAGUGUGUGUCUGUACGCUCUUUCGGUGAGUGUUAACGCAAAGUUGGAGGGACGGCUUCUUGUAAAGUUUUGUUUUUAGUCUUACUGAUUAUCUUUUAUGUAUAAUAAAAAUGUCGGAAAUAAAACGAAUACGAUUUCUACUUAAUAAAUAAA